UACAAUUUCUAAAUAUAACGAGAUCUUCAAAUUUUCAAGCUGAAAUUUCGCUCAACUCUAAACUUGCAUUGUUAAUUUUUGAUGUAUCUACUUAAAUAAUGAUAUUAUUCACUUCGAAAGCACAAAUCCAACGUUAUAAGUGUGAUGUAUAGAUAUAAAUUAAAAAUCGUCUGUCACAAACUGUCACAGGCAUGGUGUGGAACGUUAACCAAGCUCCAUUAUAUAGCAGUUGACAAUUAAAUACGAACAAUUAAAUAUGAAUUUUGUCGGUUGCAGUUUGAUGUUUUUAUUUAUCUUCGCGAUUGUUGAAACAGCACGAUGCGAACUUCUUACGCUUGGUAUAAUAGGCUCAAUCGGUGGUUCGUUAUUGGGUAGUGCAGGUUAUUAUGGUUAUGAAAAGUUCAAAUGCAACUUCAUGGAAUGCUGUACAUAUGAUUAUAUUCCUUCUGAUUUAGAUAAAUUAGAAGUUAUGCUCGCUGCCAGAUUAUAUGGGCAACAAAUUGCUCAGGAAACAAUUAUAAAUGCACUGCGGGGACAUUUGGGAAAUAAAGAUUCACCCAAAGCAUUGGUCAUGAGUUUUCAUGGCACACCAGGGACUGGCAAGAAUUAUGUAGCGCAAAUGAUUGCCAAAGCAUUUUAUAAGAAUGGUGUUCAAAGCCAAUAUUAUUAUUUUUUCAAUGGUCGCAAUGAUUUCCCUUUGCAACGAAAGGUGGACGAAUAUAAGGAAGAGCUGUAUGAAGCUGUUUCUAAUGCUCUAAAAAAAUGCGAGAGAUCCUUAUUCGUGUUCGACGAAGUGGAUAAAAUGCCAGAAGGCCUUUUAAAUAUACUGGUUCCUUUUCUCGAUUAUAACAUGUAUCAUAAACCUUCAAAGCAGAGCAAGAUUGUAUAUCAGAACAAGGCCAUUUUCAUAUUUUUGUCAAAUACCGGCAGUUCUCAAAUAGUGCAGCAUCUCAAGAGUCUAUGGGAGAAGGGCAAGAAACGGGACGAUACUCGAUUGCAAGAUUUUGAAAAAUUGAUAGCCAAUGGCGCGUUCAAUGAAAAAGGUGGUUUACAUCAUAGUGAUACUAUACAGACCAGCGUGAUCGAUCACUAUGUACCUUUUCUGCCUUUGGAAGAGGUGCAUGUUAGAAAAUGCUUGACAAGGGCUUUUUCCGAGCGAAAUGUCACACCAAAGGAGGAAAUGAUAGAAGAAGCGCUGUCGCAUUUAACUUUCGGUCCCGAGCCGCAUAAUCUAUAUUCGAUGGCCGGCUGUAAGAGAAUAGAGCAGAAGGUCGCUUCUAUUGUUUAUCGUAAGCAAUCAGAUUCUAAAAUUAAUGAUUAAGGAGAUUUGAAAUAUUUAAUUAUAAUAUUUAUAAUAUU